AUGGAGCUGGUCGCUUGCAGGAAGGAACUGGAAUGGAGCAAGAGGAUGGAGUCUGUUUCCAGCGCGGAAGAGAGGAACAACAAGGUGGAGACGUUGGAGAAUCAACUUGCUUCCCUUUUACCAGAAGGAGGUUUUUUUGCUUCUGAAAUUGUAGCAGCACCAGCACAGGCUCUAACCAUACAGCGUCACAAGGGAACACAAUCGGCACAAUCCUACUAUAUAGGAACGCAAUAA